AAAGAAAGAAAGAAGGAAAGAAAGAGAGAGAAAGAAAGAGAAAGAAUGGAAGGCGGGAAGGAAGGAAGGGAGAGAAAGAAUUAAUUGCAGGAUGUGGUUCUAAUUCUUUGACUUAUUUUUCUUUAGAUUUUCUGAACUUAAAAAGUUUCUUUAAUAAAACAAUGGUUUUAGAAAAACUAGUUUAAAAAAAAAAAAAAAAAAAAAAAACACCCUCUCGCUCGCCGAGCUCCAGCCGAAGGAGAAGCGGAGUAAGUAAGGAGGUCUCUGCACCAUGGCUCGUACAAGGCAGACUGCCCGCAAAUCGACCGGUGGGAAAGCACCCAGGAAGCAACUGGCUACAAAAGCCGCUCGCAAGAGUGCGCCCUCUACUGGAGGGGUGAAGAAACCUCAUCGCUACAGGCCUGGUACUGGGGCGCUCCGUGAAAUUAGACGUUAUCAGAAGCCCACUGAACUUCUGAUUCGCAAACUUCCCUUCCAGCGUCUGGUGCGAGAAAUUGCUCAGGACUUUAAAACAGAUCUGCGCUUCCAGAGCGCAGCUAUCGGUGCUUUGCAGGGGGCAAGUGAGGCCUAUCUGGUUGGCCUUUUUGAAGACACCAACCUGUGUGCUAUCCAUGCCAAACGUGUAACAAUUAUGACAAAAGACAUCCAGCUAGCACGCCGCAUACGUGGAGAACGUGCUUAAGAAUCCACUAUGAUGGGAAGCAUUUCAUUCUCAAAAAAAAAAAAAAAAAAAAAAAAAUUCUCUUCUUCCUGUUAUUGGUAGUUCUGAACGUUAGAUACUUUUUUUCCAUGGGGUCAAAAGGUACCUAAGUAUAUGAUUGCGAGUGGAAAAAUAGGGGACAGAAAUCAGAUAUUGGCAGUUUUUCCAUUUUCAUUUGUGUGUGAAUUUUUAAUAUAAAUGCAGAGGGGUAAAGCAUUAAAGCAAGUUAAAAUGUUUCAGUGAACAAGUUUCAGCGGUUCAACUUUAUAAUAAUUAUAAAUAAACCUGUUAAAUUUUUUCUGGACAAUGCCACCAUUUGGAUUUUUUUAAAACAAGUAAAUUUCUUAUUGACGGCAACUAAAUGGUGUUUGUAGCAUUUUUAUCAUACAGUAGAUUCCAUCCAUUCACUACACUUUUCUAACUGAGUUGUCCUACAUGCAAGUACAUGUUUUUAAUGUCUGUCUUCUGUGCUGUUCCUGUAAGUUUGCUAUUAAAAUACAUUAAACUAUAAAAAAAAA